GGUAAACAACCUGGAAAAUAAACAGCUGACCAUAUUUCCAUUGUUGUUUACCUUUUGAAAUCUGUAAACAGCUGCGUGUGUCGCGUUAACGUUUAGUGUAUAUGAAAAAGAAAAAUGGCCCUAAAAUCUGGUGGACUCAAGAUACUACAAGUUGUUUUACCAGGAGAUGAGGUUUUGCAGUUUAGUCCCAAUGGAAAUAAUGAGCGUAUCAUCUUGGGGCCAGGACUUCGCUGGCAUGAAAAUAAUAUCUGUGCAACACGCUCUGGUCUUUUGAAGAAAGCUAGUAAGAAUUUUUACUAUGUAGAUUCACACCAGAAGCGAUAUAUUCCUCAUGAAAAAGAAUUUGUUAUUGGAAUAAUCCUCAGGAAAAAAGGUGACAAUUAUCUUAUAGAUAUAGGAGGAAAUGAACCCGGAACUAUAUCAUGUCUAGCUUUUGAAAAUUCCUCAAAAAAGAGCAGAAAAGAAAUGAAACCCGGAGACCUCAUCUUUGGACAGUUACUUGUAGCUAACAGAGACAUGGAACCAGAGCUUGUGUGUAUUGACGUGUUUAAUAAGACAGUAAGUAUGGAGUCACUUCCAGAUGAUGGCAUCAUGUUCACUGUCCCUCUGCAUGUUGCACGUAUGAUUGUGAAUCCUGAAAAUAUAUACUUAAUGAGUAUUGCCAAGAAAAUCAAUUAUACAGUGAUUGUGGGUUUUAAUGGGCGGGUUUGGCUGAAGACAGAAAAACAGAGAGAUAUGGUAGCUAUUAUGAAUUGUAUCAUGAUGCUGGAGUUCAUGAGUUUAGAGGAAGCAGAGAAGAAUGUUUUCAGACUCCUCGACUCUUUCUUAGUGCCUGUACAACAUUGAUCGAUUUUACACUAAUCUAAAUAGUUUCUGUUAAUUUCUAGUAAAUAAGAUAUUAGGUUCAGGGGGAGCUAUUCAUUUUGUCAUUCUCUGGGUGAAAAGUUUUUGAUCAGACAGAAGCUUGGUAUUUUUCUAUUUUGAUUGAAAAAAAACAAUGUAGCUUUAGGCUAUUAAGGUAGAGCCUUUAAUUAAUUGGAUUAUUGAUGCAAGGGCAGGGACCCAUUAAGUGGAAAGUUUUCUUGUGAAUUUUUUUAAUUUUUCCAUCACAGUUCAAUACACUAGAAUUGUUAUAAGGAGUGUAAUGCUUGAGAGGAUUUUGCACUUGUCUUAAGACCCAACACCCACAGAUUCAAAUCCUACACUUGGCCACUGCCUCAGUUGAUCCUGUUGUGGAUUGAAUACUUAACAUGAUAAUUGACGAAGUGAGAGAUAAUGAAGAGCAGGGCCUGCCUUGUUGUCUCCUCCUUGUACAGUACAGUGUAUUGUAUACUGAAAGCUUUAAUGUACUGUACUCUAUUCACAUAGCUCCUAAUGGGCAUUCAGGCCUAGGAGACCAACUUUUCAUUACAGUACAGUACUAUGCAGUAUUUAUAUUAGGGUGAACUAAGGUUGCCCUGAACAUGAACUACUAACACCUCUUCAGCACUGUAACACUGCUAUACCGUAAUGUAUUAAUUGUUCUACAAUACAGUACUUGUACUGUAUGUAGAGUCUCGUUCAAGAUUCUUCGAACACUGCUGGAGACUGCUGGUAACUCAAGGCUGUUUGUUUACUAUAGGAAGUCGUAAAAUUUAUG